GCGAGUAGCUCCGGCCGCUACACGGAACCGGUGCGUCGCGCACCCACGGUUUCCACCAAGCCACGCGCCCCGCGACAUGGCGGCGGUGCGCGCAUCCCCACGCCUCCGCUCCCUUCCCCUGCUGCUCUCCCAGCCAGACGCCGCCGCCGCCGCAGUCCAGCGUAGUUUCUCCUGCGCCAGCGCCUCCCCCUCCCCGGCGGCCGCCCGGGCCAUGGCGUCCCCAUCCUCGUCAUCCGCGGCCCCCUCCCCGUACACGACGCUCGUGGGGCGCGUGAGCUGCGAGCGCGAGAUCAAGCGCAGCAAGUUCAUCGCCAUCGCCGCUCCCGUCCCCAACGAGCGCGCCGCCAUGGCCUUUCUCGACGAGGUCAAGGAUCCAAAAGCUACCCAUAAUUGCUGGGCAUACAAGCUGGGAGAGCAAUUCCGUUACAACGAUGAUGGUGAGCCUUCUAGCACUGCUGGGAAGCCAAUUUACUCUGCCAUCAUUUCUUCGGGCAUUGAUAUGGUCAUGGUGGUUGUCAUUAGAUAUUUUGGAGGCAUAAAAUUGGGUACUGGUGGGCUGGUCAGAGCUUAUGGUGGGGUUGCUUCUGAAUGCCUUAAAGAUGCUCCUACUUGCCUUGUGAAACCAAAGGCUCGUGUUGGUAUGGAGGUACCGUUUGAUCUGUUGGGCACUGUCUAUCAUCAGCAUUUCCAAGCUGAAGAUAUUAAACAAGACUAUGACACUGGCAAAGAUGGUACUGUUAUGGUCAUGUUCAAAGUGGGAUAUGAAAAAAUUGAGGAUCUUGGAAAUGCAGUGAAUUCAGCUUGCAGCAGGAAAAUAGAACUGUUUCUAUAAAUGGCAGGCAAGGAUAAGGAUUAUUUUUCAGUUGCACUGGUGUAAGUUAGAAUUGGUACAGCUUCUGCUAGUUGAUUGUAAGUAUGGAAACACUCAAAUCCUCUGCACUUGCAAGCCAGCUCUUCAUUCCCUCCUGCUUUGAUACUCAUUUCCCUUUUCUGGAAUCUUCAUGGCUUAUUUUUCACCCAGCAUGUAGGCAUCAGAAAUAUUUGGUAUCUUGUUUGAGCUAACAGCUAGACCAUAUUGAAUUGCCCCAGUUUACACUGUAUAGUCUUCUGUCUUUUAAAUUUCACAAUGUUAAUAGAUUUAUGAUCUU